UACGCCCUCUCUCAGCUCCCUCAGGCCAUCUCCUCCGAGUCUCCGACCCCCCCUUCCUCCGCUCUCUCCUCGCCUUCCACCCUCACUUCCUCGUCGCUCCUCUCGUUCAUGCUCUCUCUUCCUUCGACGACGACCCCAUCGCACGACAAGUCGUCCAUCUCAUUUCCGCUCUCUGCGAUUCAGCCGUUGCCUCGCUUUCUGCUGACUUCGUUGCUAGGGUUUCCUUCCCUUUCCGCCUCUCUUCUGGUGCCUUGGCCUGGAGUCGCCGUCAGCUUUAUACGCUAUUGCACUUGUCUCUAGAGGCGCUCAUGAAGACCCAAAGCGAUGAUGUCCGCUUGAAUUAUGUAGCAUUCUUUACAGUGUUGGCUAGGGAGGACUUUUCAGGGCUGCAUAUACAGUUGAUUUAAACACCAUGAGUUCAUCCAAAGGAGAUAGCUUUGAGCAAGCAACAGAAGAUGUUAAAGAUGGGAAUCCAAUGAAUAUAUUGUUUACGGAGGCCAUCAAAGGCCCACUGUUUUCAAGGGACAGCCAUGUCCUCCUGGGAAGGCACUUCAGGCAAAGAAACCCAAUUCCUAGUGGAAGAGAACAUUGCAGAAUAUGUAUUUGAAAUACUAAGAUUGUCAGAAUGCAAGGAUCCAGUGGUCAAAUCUUGUGUUCAGGUACUUGACUUAUUAUCAAAAGCUGACCAAGCUUUCAAAUGGAGGCCUGUUGUUGGGUUUGCAACUUUGGUUCCAGUACUAAAUUAUGUAGCUGACAUUCCUUUCCAUCCAGUUGAAAAUCAGACAUUAAAACUCAUUCUGAACUGCAUAUCUGAUUUCCCUGGAAUGCUAUCCUCUUCUCAUGUAACAGAGCUAGUACCUGUUCUAGCUAAGAUACUUAAAAAGCAUUCUGAUGGGGAGAUAGGCAUGCUUGAGGAGACAUUUAUAUUGACCUGCUCAGUCCUUGUAGCUAUCGUCAGAACUCCAUCUGUUCAUGGGAAUUUGAAUCUACAAAUUUCAAUUAAAGAAGCAAUGCAACAUGCUGUAUUAGCUUGUCUAAGUAUCUCGGAGAAGAAUCCUUGUCAACUUUUGCAUUCCUUGUUCCUACUUAAGGAGGCCUAUAAUCAUGAAGGAAAUUCUACUGACUCCACUGAAGUGGAACUACGACAAUUUAUUGUGAAUUCUGUACAAAACAUUUGUUACCUUGGUUUGGAACCAACUUCAGUGAAAUGGAUGAGGAAACUGUCCUUGGAAUAUUGGAAACAUUUCAUUUGAUACUGCUUCAGGAUUCCAACAAUCAAGCAGCAGAUUUUUCAGAGAACCUAGUUUCGAGCAACUGGUUCGGUUUGUCGUUUGGAUGCCUAGGCUUAUUUCCCAUAGAAAAGAUGAAAUGGAGGGUGUAUCUGAUGCUUAAUUCACUGGUAGAUGUUCUUAUGGGAAAUGAUUCUGGGCAACCUAUUAGAGAUGCUACUUUAUGUCUCCAA